GCGGGGGCGAGGAAGAUGGGGCUCAAGGCGCGCAGGGCGGCGGGGGCGGCUGGCGGCGGCGACGACGGGGGCGGCGGAGGCGGCGGGGCCGCUAACCCCGCCGGUGGGGAUGCGGCGGCGGCCGGCGACGAGGAGCGGAAAGUGGGGCUGGCGCCCGGCGACGUGGAGCAAGUCACCUUGGCGCUCGGAGCUGGCGCUGACAAAGACGGGACCCUGCUCCUGGAGGGCGGCGGCCGAGACGAGGGGCUGCGGAGGACCCCCCAGGGCAUCGGGCUCCUGGCCAAGACCCCAUUGAGCCGCCCGGCCAAGAGGAACAACGCCAAGUACCGGCGCGUCCAAACUUUGAUCUACGACGCCCUCGAGAGACCGCGGGGCUGGGCGCUGCUCUACCACGCGCUGGUGUUCCUGAUCGUCCUGGGGUGCUUGAUACUGGCGGUCCUGACCACAUUCAAGGAGUACGAGACCGUCUCGGGGGACUGGCUGCUCUUACUGGAGACAUUUGCUAUUUUCAUCUUCGGAGCCGAGUUUGCUUUGAGGAUCUGGGCUGCCGGAUGUUGCUGCCGAUACAAAGGCUGGCGGGGACGCCUGAAGUUCGCCAGGAAGCCCCUGUGCAUGCUAGACAUCUUUGUGCUGAUUGCCUCUGUGCCGGUGGUUGCCGUGGGAAACCAGGGCAAUGUCCUGGCCACCUCCCUGAGAAGCCUGCGCUUCCUGCAGAUCCUGCGCAUGCUGCGGAUGGACCGGCGGGGCGGCACGUGGAAGCUCCUGGGCUCCGCCAUCUGUGCGCACAGCAAAGAGCUCAUCACCGCCUGGUACAUCGGGUUCCUCACACUCAUCCUUUCUUCAUUUCUUGUCUACCUGGUCGAGAAAGACGUGCCUGAGGUGGAUGCACAGGGAGAAGAGAUGAAAGAGGAGUUCGAGACCUAUGCAGAUGCCCUCUGGUGGGGCCUGAUCACACUGGCCACCAUUGGUUAUGGAGACAAGACGCCCAAAACAUGGGAGGGCCGUCUGAUUGCAGCCACCUUUUCCUUAAUUGGUGUUUCCUUUUUUGCCCUUCCAGCGGGCAUCCUGGGGUCCGGGCUGGCACUCAAGGUGCAGGAGCAGCACCGCCAGAAGCACUUUGAGAAAAGGAGGAAGCCGGCUGCCGAGCUUAUUCAGGCUGCCUGGAGGUAUUAUGCUACCAACCCCAACAGGAUCGAUCUUGUGGCGACCUGGAGGUUUUAUGAAUCAAUCGUCUCUUUUCCAUUCUUCAGGAAAGAACAGCUGGAAGGAGUAGCCAGCCAAAAGCUGGGUCUCUUGGAUCGGGUUCGCCUUUCUAAUCCUCGUGGUAGCAAUACUAAAGGAAAGCUAUUUACCCCUCUGAAUGUAGAUGCCAUAGAAGAAAGUCCUUCUAAAGAACCAAAGCCUGUUGGCUUAAACAAUAAAGAGCGUUUCCGCACCGCCUUCCGCAUGAAAGCCUACGCUUUCUGGCAGAGUUCUGAAGAUGCAGGGACAGGUGAUCCUGUGACGGAAGACAAGGGCUACGGGAAUGACUUCCUCAUUGAAGACAUGAUCCCCACCCUGAAGGCUGCCAUCCGAGCAGUCAGAAUUCUCCAGUUCCGUCUCUAUAAGAAAAAAUUCAAGGAGACUCUGAGGCCUUACGACGUGAAGGAUGUGAUCGAGCAGUAUUCCGCAGGACAUCUUGACAUGCUUUCCAGGAUAAAGUACCUUCAGGCGAGAAUAGAUAUGAUUUUCACCCCUGGACCUCCAUCUACUCCAAAACACAAGAAGUCUCAGAAGGGGACAGCCUUCACCUACCCAUCCCAACAGUCUCCCAGGAAUGAACCAUAUGUAGCCAGAGCAUCCACAUCAGAAGUUGAAGACCAAAGCAUGAUGGGAAAAUUUGUAAAAGUAGAAAAACAGGUUCAUGACAUGGGGAAGAAGCUCGAUUUCCUCGUGGACAUGCACAUGCAACACAUGGAGCAGCUGCAGGUCCAAGUCAUGGAUGACUACCCAACCAAGGGGCCCUCCUCGCCAGCUGAUGUGGACAAGAAAGAGGAGAACAGGUACUCCGAUUUGAAAACCAUCAUCUGCAACUAUUCUCAGACAGGCCCCCCUGAGCCCCCCUACAGCUUCCACCAGGUGCCCAUCGACAAAGUCGGCCCCUAUGGGUUUUUUGCACACAGCCCAGUGAACCUGCCCCAAGGGGGACCCAGUUCUGGAAAGAUUCAGGCGGCCCUCCCUUCCACAGCAACGACAUAUGCAGAAAGACCCACCGUUCUGCCUAUCUUGACUCUUCUCGACUCUCGAGUGAACUACCACUCCCAGGCUGAACUGCACGGCCCCGUCUCCGACCACAUCUCCCCCCGGCAGAGACGCAGCAUCACACGGGACAGCGACACCCCCCUGUCCCUCAUGUCCGUCAACCACGAGGAGCUGGAACGGUCUCCGAGUGGCUUCAGCAUCUCCCAGGACAGAGACGAUUACAUGUUUGGCCCCAGCGGGGGGUCAGGCUGGAUGUGGGAGAAGCGGUACCUCGCCGAGGGUGAGACAGACACUGACACAGACCCCUUCACGCCCAGCGGCUCCAUGCCUCUGUCCUCCACGGGGGACGGCAUUUCUGAUUCGAUAUGGACCCCUUCCAACAAGCCCACUUAAAGGGGUCACUGGCUGACUCCUCCUUGUAAUGUAGACAGACUUUGUAUAGCUCAGCACUCCCACACCCAGAGCUUACCAGUGGAUCACACUGGCUGCCUCUAAUGCAUGCACGUGCGUGGUGGCCCCCACACAGGCAGGGGCUUGUCACCGCC